AUGCUCCAGUUGAAUGUGAGUGAUUUUCUGGAGAAGGGUUUGUGGGAUAUUGCUUGCUUGCAAGAGUGUCUUCCUCCUGAUAUUGUGUUCAUGAUUACUAGUUUCAUGCUGGCUUCAUUGAUAGUGGUCCUGAUAUGUUCAUUUGGAGGUUUACUUCUAAUGCUACUCCUAAGGUUAAGACCUUCCUUUGGGUGCUUUGUCACAAAAAGCUCCUUACUAAUGCUCAAAGGCACCGUAGAGUUUGGUAGUUGGUUUGAGGAAUCCAGUGGUCUGUAUCCUAAUUUUGAUGAUUGGCUCUUCCAUAAUAUGCAUUCCAAGAGAUCUUUUAUGACUGGUUUGGCUUGGAAUUUGGUGUUUACUGUUAGCCUAUGGUUCAUCUGGAAAUGGCGAUUUUAUCUUCAUUGGCAAGCCCCUUUGCCAGGGAGGUGUAAGGUUAAUUCUGAUGGUAGUCGUAAGCAUGCUCUUGGUUACAUUCGAGCUGGGGUGAUUGAGGCUGAGUUAUGGGGAAUUUUUUGGGAGCUCCAUUUAGCUUGGGAAGCUGGGUUUCGAAGUGUGGAGGUUGAAUGUGACUCUAAGUCUGUUGUGGGUCUGUUACUAAAUCCUCCUAGUCAUACACAUCCUCUUUAA